AUGGUGCUGAUUUAUCAGGGCACCUUACUUGCUGAAUGCAAACUCUCAGAGAAGUCCUGUGGAAUUGUGGCUGCUGUUCUACAGUCACCAAACUCCCUGAUAGAGCUGGACCUGAGUCACAAUGACCUGGGAGAUUCUGGAGUCCAUCUUCUCUCUAAGGGACUGUCUAGUCCCUGCUGCAAACUGCAGACAUUAAGGCUCAGUAAUUGUGAUAUUUCAAAUGAAGGUUAUGUUUGUCUGGCUCUGGCUCUGAUGUUAAACCCCUCCUGUGUGAAAGAGCUGGAUGUGAACAACAAUCAUCCUGGAAAAUCAGCACAGAAACUGUUAUCUGCUACACUGGAGGAUCCUCAUCGCAAAGCUGAAGCACUUCAACUUGCUGAAUGCAAACUCUCAGAGAAGUCCUUUGGAAUUGUGGCUGCUGUUCUACAGUCACCAAACUGCAUGAUAGAGCUGGACCUGAGUCACAAUGACCUGGGAGAUUCUGGAGUUCAGCUUCUCUCUAAGGGACUGUCUAGUCCCCACUGCAAACUGCAGACCUUAAGUUUCCUGUAAGUUCACACUGGACCCAAACACGGCACACAGAGAUCUCUUUCUGUCUGAGGGGAACAGGAAGGUGACAUAUGUGAGUAAGGAGCAGCUGACUCCUAACCACCCAGACAGAUUUACUGGCUAUUGGCAGGUGCUGAGCAGAGAGCCUCUGACUGGACGCUGCUACUGGGAGUGGGAGUGGAGUGGGUACAAUGUUGAAGUGGGAGUGGCCUAUAAAAGCAUCAGCAGGAGGGAAUGGAUCAGAGAAUCUGCCAAGGCCUGGUGUCUGGCCUGUAACAGAGCCUAUCACAAUGGAGAAGAGACUGUCCUACGCGCCCCCCCCGGACGCUCCAGGAGAGUAGGAGUGUAUGUGGACCGUAAGGUCGGCACUCUGUCCUUCUACAGGGUCUCCUCUGAUACUCUCACACACCUGCACACAUUCACCACCACAUUCACUAGGGAGCCCCUACAUGCAGCGAUUAGGGUUGGUGAAUACUGCUCAGUGUCUCUGAUCUAGAUCACAUGACCUGCUGCAGGACACACACA